AUGUCCGGCAACGGGCGACAACCUUUACUGCAGCGUCUCCAUGACGCCCCGGCGACAGCUCAAGUUGCCCAACAAGCUGGCAUGGCUCAAGCAGCCGCUGGACUGCCUGGAAAUGCUGUAGGCGAACAGCCUCAAAUGUUGCCCGACGUCACCUUGGCCGUGUCAGUGCCCAUGUACGGUCUGGCUGCUGACCUGGCAGGGUUGGGCCCCAGCCAACCUGCCGAUCCAGGCGAUAAUUUGCUUCCUGUGCGACCUCCGGCACGUUUGGGGACUGCCCGUCCUAACCGACCGGCGCAGCCGCCCAGGGUUCCCGGGGUUCGUGUUGCCAGGGGUGCCAACACGGGUGGUGUUGCCCAGGCAGCUGAGAAUCCUUUCACUUUGAUGGAAGGACAGGCCCAGCAACCAUUUCCAGGUCCCGAUGGCGAAGCACAAUAUGGCUUGGCCUUGGAGCUCCUCAACAACCAGGAGCUUGGCUUCCCUGGCCCAGACCAAUCCGUGGAACACCGCACCAGGCGUGCUGGCCGGCCCCGGGGCAAUCGGAUUGCCAGGUUAGGCACAAGCAACCGUACCGACGCAGUAGCGGCCUCCCAGCCACCGCCUCUGGACCCCUUCACCGUUAAAGAGAUGGCUGCUAGCCAGCCGGGUCUGCCCGAACCCGACUACGGCAUCGUUGCUGAGCUCCGGAACCGGGAGCUGCCCAACCCGCUCGCCUCAGAUUUUGGCCUAGCAGCGGAGGUGGCUCGCCGCCGGUCGCGGUCGCCCUCACCGCUAAGCCGCACCGCGGGCGUGCUGCCGCCGUUGCGGUCGCGGCGGCGCCUGGACCCUGUGAUGCCCCCGCCGGGAAGCGAGGGAGGAGUCGGCUAUGGGCUUGCGGAUGAAGUCGCCGCGAGGCAGCAGCAGGACGCCGCCGACAUGGCGGAGCCGUUUGGGGCAGCCGCCCGUGCCGGGGAGCUGGACCCGUUCGCGCUGGCACACGAGCAGCUCAAGGUGCCGCGGGAGCUGCUGGAGCCGUACGAGGCGACUCAGCAGGAAAUUCCUGGCGAGGACGUACGGCUCAAGACUUCGGGCGACACUGUCGCAGAACCUACCGCCUUGGGCUCAGAAAAAGAACAUUACGGCAUAGCGCAGGAGCUUGGCGCAGACAAAGCUAUCGAGACGCGCCAGGGUAGAGAGGCUCCCGGUGCGGUGCUGCCUGGACAGACGAGCGCAGUGGAGUAUGCAGAGCAGCCGGAUCCGCCGGGGCAUAAGUACACGUACGAUGAGGACACGGGCAUGCUCGUUACCACAGCUGGCGGGCAGGGUGAAGGUGGUCGCGUCGCACGGCAAUACAUCGAGGAUGAGGUGACAGGCAUAUUCUUCAAGCUGCAGAGCAAGCGGCGGAAGCUGUUCGGCCUGCUCAGGCGCAAGCCGCACGCCAUCGUGGAGGACGAUGAGGAGGAUGACAAGGGCUUCCGCGGCCGGCUGCGGCGUACGCUUUUGUUCCUUACCAACGCCUGCAAUGUGCUGGGCAUGUUUGCGCAGGGCCUGCUGGCUGGCUUCGCGCUGCUGAACUUUUUCAUGACGUACAUGCUGUAUAGCAGCUCCGACAUGCGUAAGUUUCUGAGCUACUACGCACCGCUGGCGCAAAACAACAACAGGAUCUAUUAUGCGCUCAUCACACUAUCCGUCAUUUUCUCCACAAGCCGGCUUGCACAAGACAAGCUGCGUGACUUCGAGCCGCGCCGUCUGCAGCUGGGUCCCGUGGACGUCAUUCAAAUGUUGAUGUACGUGGGCGCUUAUGUGGCGUCGGUGUUGUGCACUCCUUUGGACGACGAGCUGACCUACGAGUCCAACCGCAAUCCACGGUUCUACGAGCUGACCUGGACGUCUGCCUUCAAGCGACGCGUCUCCCUCUGGCAUGCCCUUAAUAUCAUUCGGAGUGUCCUCGUCGGGCUGGCAUGGUUGCUGCUUAUUCGAGCGCACAUGGCGGUUGUCGCGCAAGCUGUUCCAAACGACGUUGCUGGUCCAAAGAUUAUUGCGAAGACCUCUUCACAGCCACCCCAUGAUACCGGUCCUUCGUGCGUUGGAGGAGAUGCUGAGGAUUGCAAGGUGUCACAAGUCAAGGUAAACAGUAUCAAGGAUCUUGCGGCGUCUACGACACUUGGGUUUGAGAAGCCGAAAGUGGAAAGCUCUGUGGUGUCGUCGACGCUGCAGCCAGCUGACUGUAGUGAAAGUGAGAACAGUUGGGCCGUGGUUAACCAAGGCGUCACCUCCGGAACUGGUGCUGGUGCAACAAUUGAGCUUUCGAGUGAGGAUGCGGAUAACGAGUAUGUGGACGCGCCCCCAAGUGAUGCUGGUGUUCCCGCUGCGGGUGCCCCGCCCGGUGCUCCUGCCGAUGUCCCAAAUGCCCCAGCCCCAGCAGCAGGUGGUGUUCCACCUGCUGCAGGCUUUGUCGAUGGUGCAGCGCCACCCCUGGGUAACGGCGGCGGCCCUGUUGUUGCGAACGGGGACGGCGGCGGCGACCAGGGCGGAGGUGGCGGAGGCGGUGCAGCAGCCUCGGAUGACGACGACGAUGAUGACGACGUGGAGAACUUCAUGGCCAGGGCCUAUGAACUUUUUUUGUCGGCCAAUCCUACGGUGCCCGAGGCAUGCUCAGCACAAGAAGCAGCGGCGCUUGCGGCUGCCACCAUAAGCGGAGCUACCGGAGAUGCUGCUAUGAGUGAUUCACCAUCGACAGUGGUGCCAGCACCUGCCGCGGCGUCGACACUCAUCGCUUCCGCACCUGCUGCCGCACCUGCUGCUGCCGCGGUAAUCAAAGCGGGGGGAUUUUUCGAGUCAACCAUCAAUCUGGUGCCCAACGAGCCUAGUCCUCCUGCAGCCGGCACGUUCGCUUCUGCGCGCAGUCCUGCAGCGGCAGUGGCGACGGCCGCAGGGAUGGAUUCCGGUUCAGCAGGCCUGAGCUCAAGUGUACCAGCAGGCGGCAAAAAGUCCCAGGCGGCGGCGGCGGCCGCGGCGGCUCCUGUGCCCGCCAAGGAACCUACCACCGCUGCUGAUGACGACAAAGAGAAGGGCAAAGCGUGUCGCGAGAUUGCUGAGGAAGAGGCGAAACGUAAGGCAGCAGAGCAGCUGGCCAAUGAGCUGAUUAUGGCUGAGGAGGCAGAGAAGGCAAAGAAGGAGAAGGCCAAUAAGAAGAAGAGCGAGAAGAAAAAGGCGGCAAAAGCGGCUAAGAAGGCGGGCGCCGCCGGGGCCGCCGGCGAGGAAGCAUCUGCUGCUGCCGUAUCUGCAGCGCCCACGGCACCGCCACCUGGUCCGUUCAUCAACCCAGCCCUGGCAUUGGUCAACCCGGCGUUAGCCGCGGCAGCAGGUCGGCUGGGUGGUUCUGCGCCCACGGCAGUGCCCGUCGCUCGGCCCACAAUGGGCGUCGCACCCGUGCGCGCGUUUCCAGCCGGUGCCCGUGGUGUUCGCUGCGGAUCUUCCCAGUGGCGCGGCCUGUUAUCGCACAGCAGCAGCAGCCGCAUUCGCUCCAUGCUGCGCAGCCAGUUAUUGUCAGGCAACCGGCGCCGGGUCCCUGGUGGUGUGCAGUUCGCAGCAGCGCCUGUGGCUACUGGCGGCACCAGGCCCACGAACGCCAUGGCUGCGGCAUUCAUGCAAUACCGUUCUACAACUGUUACCGCUUCAGCAGCGGCAGCACCCAUCCCCGCUGCACCGGCGGUGACUGUGCAGGCCGCCACUUUUGCGUCAAAAUACGAUGACGACGAACACCUGUGUGUUGUGUGCAUGGAGAAUACCCGUUCGAUUCUGCUGAUGCCAUGUGGUCACCUGGUGCUGUGUGGAACCUGCCUACCGGCCAUUGAGGCCAAGGGCAACCUGUGCCCCAUUUGCCGUGAAAGCAUCCAAGACGCGCAAUUGAUGGCCCAGUGA